UCAACGGCAGCGACUUGUUGUGAAAUUUAUCAAGAUGUCUUCAGUUUAUUUCGAUUUAUUGCCAAAUUAUACGAUUAACAAAACAUAACGAGACACCAAUGCACGAAGAAAAUAUCCCUUGUGCAACAAUGGAUGUUGAUACCGAUAUAGACGCUCACUUGUUGCAGCGAUUCAGCUCAAUGGGAACCACAGAUAGGGAGGUGCUGAUUGCCGAGUUUCAGAAACUGCUUGGCAAUCAGCUGAACCCAACUGGGUGUGAAUUUUUCCUCGACAUGAAUAACUGGAACCUCCAAGCAGCUAUAUGUUCAUAUUAUGACUGUGAACAACCAAAACAAGAGAAAAUACCUUGUAUGACAUUGAUCAAAGAUGUAACCAUAGGAGAUGGAGAAGCAAUCCCUCCAAGGACGCCUUUCCUUAAAACUUGGCGGAUACAAAAUUCAGGUCAGGACAGUUGGCCCCCUGGUUGUUGUUUGAAGUUUCUCCAGGGUGACCUACUAGAAGCUAAAGAGCGUGUGAUGGUUGAUGCCCUACAGCCAGGACAGGUUACAGAAAUUAGUAUUGGUAUGAUUAGUCCUGAUCAAGCUGGUUUAUUUCAAAGCCAAUGGAGAAUGUGUACUGCUACUGGAAUGUUCUUUGGAGAGGUCAUUUGGUCGAUACUACAAGUAGCAGAAGGAGGGUUACUAGGAUUGACUCAACAAAUGUCAAGAAUUGGUUCAGAAUUCAAUAUACCAAAUAGUCCGCCUAAACCAUUGAAUCCCUUUGGUCAAAUGAACACUAGUUUUGACGAUAUGGGCUCAUCACCGCGUGGAUCUCCAAAUUAUUCCAUUCUUGCUCAGCAUGGCAGCCCUGAUACGUCAUUACGUAAUACAUCAUUAUUAAAUGCCUCAUUUUCAACCUCUUCCCCAAUUAGGACAGCGUUAUUUCCGUCGUCCAUACCUGAACCAUCAAGUCCAACUGCACAAAAUGAAGAAGAUGAGAGUAUGAUAUCUUGAUCAAACUAGGUUGCAUAGAUAGAAGACCUUGUUAAUUGUGACGUGUGAGUGUGGAGCUGGGGACCCUAUCAUUGUCAGCAUCACAUGGAGUCAACUUUCAGCUUAGAAUCGAAAAUUUCAUCAGCUUGGUUUAUGAUAAUAGUUGGAAAAGUUAUUUUGUCUCAAGGGUUGAAAUUUGUAUUCAAGACUUCUCCACGAGAAGGGUAUCCAACUUAUGCCUAUGACAGUGUAGUUCUGAACUUUCUGCUUAAUACUGGGGGGGGG